CAUUAAAAUGAUGGUUCACUUCCAAGGUUCCGAUUUUACCUGUUCAGUUCUGGGUAAAAUACAACUAUUAGUAAGGAAUCUGAAUAAAAGUAAUCGUUCAGAGAGGCAUUUGUGCAUUUUUUUUUUUUUUUUACAUUCUUGGAAAAUUUCAAAAUCCAAGGAAGAGUGGAAGUUCAUUGAUCACGGUACUGAUCUAGACUGGAAUCAUACAGAACAUUCUCCUCAUAACUUUCUUGUGAUCGCAAAGCGGCAGCCAAUGGGAAGCCAGGAUGGAGUUUCGGGUAUGUGCCGGAAGCUGAAAGCCGAAGGCUCCACACCUUCUGGGAGGAGACACCUGCAGGGGUGACGAUAAAGUUGUGCAGCAGCAGGUGAGUAAUUCAGAGUUGGGCGAACCAGGAACAAAACAGAGACGGCGCCUGGGAGGCUGGAAAUUAAAGUAACCGAAGUAACGCAAAAAUGUUCAACUUCUUUACAUCCCGAGCCGUCAUUCUUUACGAUGAGUGGAUCAAGGAAGCAGAUCCACGGGUUGAAGACUGGCUGCUGAUGUCGUCGCCAGUCCCUCAGACUAUGAUCAUUGUGGGGUACAUCUAUUUCGUUGCAUCUUUGGGCCCACGGCUAAUGGAUAACCGCAAGCCCUUUGAUCUCAAGAAUGUCAUGAUUGUUUACAACUUCAGCAUUGUUGCUUUUUCCCUAUACAUGAUCUAUGAGUUUCUGAUGUCUGGUUGGGCUAAUGGAUAUUCUUACCAGUGUGACCUUGUUGACUACAACUCUCCCCGAGGUCUUCGGAUGGCAUGGACCUGCUGGCUAUACUACAUCUCCAAAUUCAUUGAGAUGUUGGACACCAUCUUCUUUGUGCUUCGCAAAAAGAAUAGCCAGGUCACGUUCCUUCAUGUCUACCACCACUCAAUCAUGCCAUUCACCUGGUGGUUUGGUGUAAAGUUUUCUGCAGGGGGCCUUGGAACCUUCCAUGCCCUGGUGAACUCUGCUGUGCACGUCAUCAUGUACUCCUACUAUGCCCUUGCUGCCCUGGGACCUGCCUACCAGAAGUACCUGUGGUGGAAGAAGCACAUGACCACCAUUCAGCUGAUUCAGUUUGUGAUGGUGACUGCACACGUCGGACAGUUCAUCCUCAUGAAAGACUGCCCCUAUCAGUUCCCUGUGUUCCUGUACGUCAUUGGCCUGUAUGGACUAAUCUUCCUGGUGCUGUUCCUAAACUUCUACUACCACGCCUACACCAAGGGCAAAAGGUUACCAAAGGUACUUGAACAAAAUGGGAGUGGCCACCACAAGAGGGAAGUGUGAAGACUUGAGCAAUGUGCUUUCCUGUACAUAUUUUUAUAUUUUGAGAAUUUAUUUUUUAUUUCCCCCUUUGACCAUUUCAACAGGUUUUCAAGUUUUGACUAACCUUUUUUAUGUUUAAAUUAUUAAGUAUCCUCAGUCACCGUAUUUAAAAAGACUAAGUUUAAUAAUAUAAUGAGUUUCUCAAAGUUUCGUUUCUAUAUAACCAGAAUGCCUUCAAGAGGAGGGUAGGAAGGGUUAUGUUGGUGGGCGUACGCAAUGACUGGGCAUGAAACUAGAUUGCCCCUUAAAUCACAAGAUGUUUUUUUCUCUUGGUGAGGACUGUUUUAUUUGUUUGAGAUUACCCUAGAAGUACUUAUUGUUUUAAGAGAUAAGAGAUGAUGAUUGAUUUGAAGAAGAUUUGUUGCUUCAUAACAUGUUAUGACUGAGUAAUGUUAUAAAGGAGGUAUUGAUGUAAACCUGUUCCUGAGGGGAGGUUGAUGUGAUGGGCUGUCCCAGUGCUGCUGUAAAAGCCGCUGGAUCCUGACUAACUUCCCUAGGAGCAGUAGAGUCCGACUCACAGACCGGAAGGGAGACUCCUGAAGUUGCCCAGAAUGAUGGAUGUGACUCGUAAUGUGAUGUGAUUUGACUUGAAAUAUUUAUUUGUAUAUUUAAAUGUGUUAAAUUCGUCAUUUUUAAAGUUGUUGGUGAUUAGACUAAAUGUCUUGAUCUUGAUUUUUAUUCUGGAGAGGGCUUACUGAAAGUUAAUCUUUGACGGCUCUCAGUGAAGGAACUAUGCUUCAGUCUUUUUUUUAUAUAUUUUUAUACAUGUUUUCUGUUAAGUGCUAUGUCUUUUAAAAAUAUAUAGUUUUUCAAAUGAUGCCAAACUAAAUUGAGAAUGUUAACGAUUGGCAACAAAUGUUGAAUGUGAUUUUAUGAUCGAAUAAAUUAUUUGACCUUUAUGUAAAUGAAA